AUGUUAUUUUGCAAAUGUGAUGUGUUUACAGAUACGACCAAUUGUACCUACUGCCAAGAACAUGGGGAGACAACUGUGGCUGUUGCUUGGUGCUCCGUCUGUGUUGAUGCACUCUGUGAGAAAUGUACUGGAGCUCACAACUGCAUCCCAUCAUUUCGUCACCAUGACGUCACUGACCUGUCUGGAGAGGUCAAGGUCAAGGGUAAGCGAAAGGCCAUGUGCACAGAGCACAAACAGGAGUCGCUAGAAUUUCUGUGUCAGGACUGCAAGAAGGCCGUGUGUCAGAAAUGUUGCAUACUUUACCACAGGAAAUGUGAUGCCGUUGUCACGAUCCCCUCACAGAUGGUGACAAUGAAAACAGAUCUGACAGAAAUGAGGAAGUCAUUAUCAAAGAAGGAAGGUGAGACAAAACUUCGUGUGAAGGAACAAAAGUUGCAGGAGCAGAGAGAGAGAGAUCAUUAUUCACUGAUGAAGUCACAUAUUCAUUCCGCAUGCCAGAAAGUUAUAGAUCGGGCCAAGAAAAAAGAAAGGAAGCUACUCGAUCGGAUGGAAGAUAUUUCACAUAAACACAUCGGACAAAUGAAAGCAGACAUAAAGACAGGUGAGAUGUCAGUACUGAUAUACCAACAACAGACGGAGCUGAUAGACCUGGCUCUACAAUCUGAGUGUGACAUGGAUGUGUAUGAGAUGUAUCAGGGAUGUGAGGCCGGUGAUGUGGAGGCUGUCGGAGACGCUGACCUGAAGGAGAGAGGAAGAAUAGCCAGUGUCACAUUCAGACAGGACACAGGCAAGCUGAGUAAAGCACUGGACGAUCUACAGCUGGGUGAGAUAAAGGUCCUGUAUGAGAGUAUGCUGGACCUGAAGGCUACUCCUGUGUUACAAGACACCAUUGACAUCACCGUAGCAGGCAAUAGGAGUACGGCAAACCCCAAUGACGUGACAGUGCUGGUGGGGAAUGACACAGACACCGUUGUAGUCACAGACUGGGGUAACACCAGUGUGAAGUCCUUCUACGUCAAGAACAACCAGACACAGCACAGUAAACUCAGUCUGAGUGGUGACCCAUGGAGUCUGACCAAGUUGACACACAACCGGGUGGCUGUCACUGUCCCGUACAGUGAACAGAUUGUAACAGUAAAAGUCAAACCAGACCUGGAGUUACUGACAACCAUCACAACCAGCAAACAGUAUGUGGGUAUAACGUCCCUGACUCCAUCAACACUAGCAGCUAGUUCCCAGUCUCCUCCCUGUGUUGAUAUCCUGGAUAUGACAGGAAACGUGCUGAGGUCUAUCAGUCCCCUCCACAAAGGUAACGACAUCUUACAGUAUCCCAACUUCCUCAGUACCACGAGGACAGGUAACAUCCUGGUGUCUGACUGUGGGACCAGCUGUGUCGUGUGUCUGACCCCCGAGGGAGAUGUGGUAUUCUGCUACCGCCCUACAGGAGACACAGCACUGAAUUAUCCGCGGGGUAUCACAAGUACCAGCACAGGCGACAUCCUGGUUACAGACUACAAUCUAAACAGAGUCAUUCAUCUGACUGAGUCAGGACAGUUUGAACCUUUGAUCGCCACGUACAAAUAG